GGGCAUGUUUCUCCUGAGAUUUUGUCUAACGAAUUCUUAUAAAAAAUUGGCUUAAAAAUAUUUAAGGGAUGUUUUUGGCAAAAAAUUCGGGGGUUUUGUAGAAAUGUCUUCAAUUUCAAGCAGAAAGCUUACAAUAAUCGAGAUGAGUUGCAUUGACUUACAAAUCAAUAUUUCAUUCAUCAAGCACUCAACUAGCCCAUUCCAGUUUAAUGGAUUUCUUCAAUAACGUUAAGUAAAAAAAACACAAAUUUAUCAUCACACUUUCGCGGAUUUGGCGCGAAUUUGAUUCCAGAAUCGCGCGGAUUUGGCGCGGAUUCAAAUUUGGCUCGCGCGGAUUUUUUUCCACCCUUCUCGUAACAACCCUGAUAGUACAAUCGAAACAAUAAAGGGUGCUGACUAAUUUCUGUCUGAGGGGCUAAAAUCACGUUCAGUCCCAAUACAUGUUUCAACUAUAAAAUUGUUGAUAGUACAUCGAUUUUUUUGAAAUUUUGCCUGUGCAAGAAAUGUAGAUAGAGAGGUUUGUGUUCAAAAUUUCAGCCAUUUCCUUUACCAAAUUCAAAAGUUACAGGGCUGAGCCGCUAAACUAGGGCCUGUACAAAAUUUAAUUGCUCGUGUUCUACAGUUUCAUUGCUACAACAAAAAGUACUGCACCGAUUCACAUGAAAUACUGCAGGUGAAAUGAACACAUCUCAAGAUGUUACCAGGCCAGAUUUUAAUAAUUUCAAUGUGUCUAUUGCCGAGUUACAGUCGUAUUCCUGUGUCCCGAUUAUUGCGGAUACAUGCUUUAUAAGUAGAAAUCACUCAGUUGAGAGCCACCGCUCGUAUACAUCGGACGUGAUCGCAUUCUUUACCAUCGUAUUUCGUGAUUCAUUCCUCUCGCAAUGAGUGUGCAGCGAAAGAAUACCAUUGUGGUUGAUUUUGGCAUCCUUCCCACUCGGCCUGAAAUUGCCAAGAUCCAGCAUUUUUUGGAAAAGGACAUUCAGCUGCAGUUGUCUGACGUAGAGAACAUUCAGCUGCACCAUAUUCGCGGCUGUGUGUUGAUUGAAGUCAAAGAUAAUGACACUGCUGCUCGAUAUCAGCAACUGCACAACAAUAGGCACAACAUCAUGCAUGGAGACAAAGCCUUCAGAAUUCCCGUCUAUGUCGAGAAUGAAGCGGUGCCGGUGCGUGUUCUCGACCUUCCACCGGCGAUGAAGCACACCACAGUAAUUGAUUUUCUGACGCAGUAUGGCAAGGUUCAAUCGGUUACCAGAGAGCGCUGGAAAAAUUUCUUUCCGGGCGUGUACAACGGAGUUCGGAUCCUGCACAUGAAGAUCGAACGUCCGAUCCCUUCCUUCGUAACUAUUGAGGGAUAUGAGACCUCAAUCUCUUACCCAGGUAUGCAAAAAACCUGCAGGCAGUGUAAUAAACCUGCCCAUCCGAAGCAAAAGUGUUCGGAUACACCGAACAAUAUCAUCACUUCCUCUCAAACACCAACCAAUACCGCGCCCUCGUCGGUUCCAGCGAAUAGGGAGGAUUGCUUCUUGCUAAACGUCGACGACUUUCCACCGAUCAACGCACAGCAAACAACAGCAGCGGCAGAGGCAACAAACGAACAACAACAAGCAGAACCGAAAAGCGUACCUACGACGGCGACCAACGACGAACGACGGAAAGCAACAGAACCGAACCACGAGAACGCAAACGAUGAUAGCUCAUCUUCUUGCACAACUGAAACCACCAACAAGCGGCGACUGAGAUCAACUACGGCAAAGGAAAGGAAGAAAAUGUGUUCUAGCCUAACUUCUCUGAACGAUUGUCAGCCCAGUGUUGAUAAUCUUUCUCAGGGUGAUGCAAUUUUUUCGGUCUUUAAAAGUCCAAAUACAUCUACAACUAUUUUUAAAUCGGGUAAAAAUAAGAAGAAGUUGUAACCAUUGAUAUAUUGCAAAGAGACGAACCAGCUCAGGGCUGAAAGUCUCAAAAAUAAAGGAAAAAAAAAAAAAAAAAGAAAUCACUGAAACCGGUGGUUAUUUCAAAUUGAAAUGUUUGGUUUGAAACAAACAAAUUUGGUUUGAAAACUACUAUUUUUCCAGUUUAAAAAAUAACAAACCUGUUUGUUAUUUCCAACCCAUUGUGGUAAGUAGCUAUAGGCUUACUUUACGCUUUAUGCGUUUUCUACUGUGCUCUUUUCAGGGCGCUGCUUGAACCCGUUGUGGUACGCUUAUGCGAUUCUGUCGAUCCUAUUCCCUACCUCAUCCCUUAUUCCUCCCUUCCCACUCCCUCAGCUAAAUGAUGAAUAGGCUCGUAUUCAUGGUGCUGGUACAAAUUUUCGAACUGGAGGAGAACGUGCCUCUGGCUGGAGCAGGUCUGCUGAUACCUAUUUCAAACCGAAGCCAUUAUUCUCCGUGUAGCUCUGAAGCAGGAUGCGCGGAGUUCUGUGAUUUCUGGACAACAACCAACAGUAUACCGGUUUGCGUCCAUUACUGGUUAGGGAUCGUCUUGGCAUUGCGGCGUCGCAUGCACGGCUCAGGGCUCCGACUAGAUCGUCGAUGUUACCCUCCAUGAGUAAUCGCUCCAUAAAUUUCGGCUUAUCGAAGGUCAGCUCAUGACUCCGAGACUGCCUGCCCCUGCAACUGUUGUGGGGCUUCACAGUGGUUCAGGUUUAGCUGUUUAAAUGCAUGUUUUUCGUCGGUUGGUUGGACCUCCUCGCGUGCCUGAAUAUUGAGACCCCCCCGGUCGUGUGACUCUUGUUCGCCGUGCAAAUCAAGCAUUUUCCUGCCGAGUUGCACUCCCUGGCAGGGGCGUACAAUUUCGUUUCAAUGAUACAAUUUCAUGCAACAUUUUGAAUGGGUCACUUCAAGUGUUUCAUACAUUUUUCUAAUGACUCGGUCGUUAAAAAAAACUUUUCCACUCAUCGUAGCACUCGGUAGUCUCCCACCCGGUCGCAUUGCUUGUGCUUCACCCGUCAGAGCAUUAGUGUCUCACUGGUGCGCGCUAGUCUCUCAAUGGUUACGGGCGCCGGUUUAUUGGAUUUAAGUGGUCGAAUUUGUUAUCCUCUUUCAUAAAACAUAAUUAUCAUUCUAUUGGCGUGCACCACUAUUUAAAAAUGUGGUUUAAAUAGUGUUUUUAGCAUGUUGAAGUAUUUCAAUGACUCAUAAAUGAAAUGAAAAUCCAAGUGUAUCAUUCCAUGUUUCAUACACACUUGUUUCUGUAGCAGCAACGAACGAGUGUGUUGCUGGGUGAGAGAUGAAGCAUCACAGCAGUCCGUUCGCAUGGGAAACGAUUUGCUACAGUCGUCGUACGUCAUGUUUUCCUUUCGAAAUUGCACGACCCUGCUCCCUGGCGAUAUGGUCUCCAUUCCGCACUCUGUAGAGGUCACUCCUGUCGGGACCUUUACAUGUCCUCGACUUGUGUUCUUGCUCAAAGCACUUGAAGCACGGCGCUGGCGGCUCGUAAAUGCUGAGCAAGCACACGGACCAGCCAACUCCAGGGUUGUUACGAGAAGCGUGGAAAAAAAUCCGCGCCAAAUCCGCGCGAGAAAAAUUUGAAUCUGCGCCAAAUCCGCGCGAUUGUGAAAUUAAUCAUAGAGUUUGAAUAGUCUACAAUAGUGUAUGAAGAAAAGGCACUUUCAACUUGAAUGGACUAUUUGAGUGCUGGGUGGGAGCUGAACUGUUGAUUCGUAAAUUAACGCAGCUCAUUAUAAAUGUUCUAAGCUUUCUACAGUUUGAAGAAGUUUUGCCACAACUCUAUUUCAUGUUUUCUUUCAGCAAUAUUUAGUAAAAUUUUAGUAAAAUCGCUGUAGCAAUCUACAGCGCGUUCUUGGAGAAAUCGGUCAGAACCCGUAGUUCAGGAAAAUAUGCCACAAGAUUUGUGAAAAAAAUUGUGUCAUUUUCUAACAAAGAAAACAUUGGAAAACUUAAAAAAAAAUCAUGGAGGUAUUUCUAUUUGUAUGCAGAACCUAAUGCAAAUUUUUCGAAGAAUUCUUAAAAUAAUCAAUCGUACCAUAUCCAUGCGCGUAACUACAGCGCAUUUGUCCGCUCAGUUCCAAUGCCAUGCCCGAGCUGUACGUCCUCCUAUGAGGACUGAGGUUCCUUGACGGUUAGGCGCGGGAACCGUUCCCGGUUCCACGGGCCGAGCCGUGUGCUGGACGGAGACCUAUUUUAGGUCCAACAAAAGAGGUCCUAAUGGACGGUAUCUUUUAAUAAACAAUCUUCAAAUAUAGUGCGUGGUAUUUAAAUUACCUGAGCGGUAUCUUCCCCAAA